UGUCAGCAGGCCUGUGAACAUGCGCUCUUGAUACCUCGUGGAUCGCGACUUGGCGCGAUCAAUUGACCGAGACCAGUCGACCGAUGUGUAUUUUUUUGCUUGAAAUUUCGCUCGUUCCCUCCGUUAUCGCUAGACAAUGGUAGGCUCUGUAUUCAUAGGCCGGUAUUCAUAGUCAAGUCUUAUAUUUAAGCCGUCUUGAGUUCACCUUCAGAUACUCCAUAGCCAAUGAAACGGUCCGUACAGUAUCUGUAGAUGAACUUAGGAUCUUAAAUAUAAAAUCUAUGAAUAUAUUGGCCUGAUAUACGCGAAAGUCUACAUUUUCAAAUUGGCCAAUCUUGAUUAAUUUUAGAGAAAUCGACGCAAUCUGUGAUCGAGUAAGGAUACACAAAUGAGAAUGUAUGAAAAUGACGGUUAAUGAUCAACGGUUCAAUCGUAAUAUAUCAUACAUUCGAAAAUUUGUAAUAUAACAUAUAUGGAAGGAAUUUUCAACACUUAAUUUUUUUAUACAUUUCGAGACGCAUUCGAUAUCCUGUGAAAAAAUUUAUAUAAUUCUGAGUGUAUUAGAAAAAUGAAUAUCAAUUAACGAAUAAGCUGCAAAAAAUACGAAAGUUUCACGUCGCAAAGUUAAUUUUCCGAAGAUGUAGCUUCAGCUUCUUCAAGUCAAGUAAAAGAUGUUGGUGUCGCAAAGGAAUCACGUCGAGUCUACAUAUCUCGAGUUAAACGGAUACUCAACUGUGCUAUUCAUCCAGUUUCGCGUUCUUAAUCACUUAUCUCCCAUUAUAAUUGCUUGCGUUGCAAAAGGGUAAAGAUGAUUGCCCUGUGGAUCUUAUUUAGCUGUCGCGUUGAAUUUCGCGUUGAAUUUCGGAUCUUAUAACAAAUUGUUUUUGCGAAUAAUGGACGUAUUACGCGUUUAGACAUCUGCCUUGGAAGAGAAAGGGCCAAGUUCGUUUCUUCAGUUUCCAGUUAUAGAAAUUUUGAAAUUUGUAAACAUUCCGCAAUGUGUGUGUAUAACACAAAUACUGUGUACUGUUGUAUUGAUUAACUGCUUUAGCAAUUUAAGAACAAAGAUUUAAUUUAUGUAAAUUUCAAGCUCGGGAAAUUUUUGAAAAUAUCAAAAUAUUUUUACAAAAAUAAGGAAAUUUUUGCCAAAAAACAGAUUUCUCGUGUUCUCUUUCUCUCUCCCGCAAGAUGUCCCGGAAAAUGUUCAGAAAUAUAUCGAAAUAUUUCCGUAAGAAUUUGACAAUUUUGCAAUUGAAAAUCGAAGAAAUCGAUUUUUAUUUCAUAUAAGAUGCGGAUUACAGUGCAUUGUCGUAUUAACAACACGUUUACAUCACUGUGUAAUAACCUUGUUAUUAACUAAUUUCGACUGCCUCAGGAUCUGUCGAAUUGUCAAGUUUAUUCCUGCUAUAAUUUCCUCUUUAUUCUAUCUCGAGCCUCAUUGUGUGUGAUUAAUCGAAUUUUACUCAGCGCGAGCGUUCACAAUAGAACUCGCCCACACCUGCAUCCUUCUCGGGCCAGAUACUGCGGGCACGCUUAUCUGGCGCUCUUAACGAACCCUGCUUCCUUCCCGCAGCCUUUUUCUACAGCGCCCAAACGAUAAACACACAGAACGGCACUUCCGCUGCUGUUCUCGUGAAGAUGAAUAUUUCGUAACACUUCGGCAACGCGUCACGACCGAAAUAACAGCGUGUAAUUUUGGAGACAAGAUCCGAGAACAACGUUCCCGACGUCGCGCCGGCCCGAGUCGCGCAUGAUAACGAUUGUCUUCUUUCUUUAUUGCAGAAGAGUCCGAUGGAUGGGGCCAGGGAGUAAACACAUCGUCAUAUAGUUGAUCCAAGUUUCUCGAACGAUGUGCCAUGGCUUCGUCUUUAGGGGGGCCAGGAAUGACAUCGGGCGUCCCGUCGCCGCGAAUAGUCAACCUGGAAUUUCCCCCACCUCCUCCUUACCCACCACCUCAGAGGUCGUGCACCACGUUGCUGGAACCAAUGUCGCCGGUGGUAUCGCCAAUCGCGAGUUCUCACCAACAUCAUCCUCUUCUGGAUUACUCGUACGCUUAUUAUCAGCCUGACGCCAGUCACUUUCAUGCCGCGUACUCGACAGAAGUACUUUCGCAGCAGCAGCAGCAGCAGCAACAGCAGCAACAACAACAGCAGCAGCAGCAGCAGCAGCAACUACGACAGCCGCAACAACAGUCGCAGCAAAUCAGAUCCGAUCCGCUGAAGAGACACACUUAUACAACCUGUUACGGCACGGAAGAAAACAUUUAUGAAGAGAUAUCAGAAAUCAGCAAACAAUGCCAUCGUGCGCUGCGCGGCUCGCGAAGAUCGCUCGUAGCGGAGGAGGUACGUCGUGUGCAAUCGCGACAUCGACGUGUGCUUGGGGAGCUCAAUUUGAGCGUUGAAGCGAUGCUGAUGCCGUCCGUGUCCGACAACAACGAGGAGCAAGUGUCGCAGGAACCUCACGACGCUUCCACCGAAGAAUUAUUGCCUUCGGUCAGUCCUGCCGAUGAUCUCCUCUCGCGCGUGGGAUGCGACAUGGAUAGCGGCUUCAGUGGCAGCUCCAGUGCGAGUUACAGAUCGGUCUUGGGAUCCUUGAGAAGAGGAGCAGGGAAGGGCAAUUGUCCGGAACCAAAUAUUGUUCAACGUAAAACGAAAGCCGCUAUGAUAUGGAAGAAAGGCUGGAAAGGUUGGAAGAAACUUCAUUCUUUAGGAACCAACAGCAGCAACAAAAUCACCGACGAGCCUCGUUCAAGGUGCAAAUCGUGGGAUGACGUAGGACCGGGCAAAAUGGAAACGGCCAGUGGACACUCGCACGCGCAUCGUCAUUCCUCUCUGGAGACGAGCAGGUCCAACACCUCCACGCAGUCCGCUAGAAGUGAGGACUCCUGGUGCUCGGCAUCGGACCACGAUCUGUCGUCGGACGAUGAAAGCGAGAAGAGUAAUAUCAGUAUUAAAAGCAACUGUCAAUUAAGAAACACGUUGCACAAGGCGCGCACACUCUGUGACAAGUGGCGCUUUCAGCAUAUGCCUCUGAACAAUGUGGAUCCCUUGGAGUCGCCGAGUAAUCACGGGCGACUCUCGAGAUGGUUCAGCAUUCGCAGAGGAUCAUCGCAUCAUUACGACGUGGACUCCACGGAUACGGUGUCUCUAACCAGUCCCAUUAAAACGCCGCAAAUGCCGCAGCUUUGCGAAGUUGACGAGGAGAACAGUGCGAUGGUGCAGUUUCAAUGUAUGCAGCAACGAAGACAAGCUCCACCUACACUCCCAUCGGCACCCCCGAAUUUGUCUCCCCAGCAAUUGAAACGUAGACACAUCGUGGCGGCGAUAGUGCACUCGGAGAACAGUUACGUGUCUACUUUGCAGAGACUAGUGAAUGACUACAAAAAACCGCUGGAGGAGUCCUCGCCGCCUAUAUUGAGUCAGUCGAAAAUAGCAACAUUGUUUCACAGACUACCCGAGAUUCUACAAUGUCAUACGUUGUUUAGAAUCGCUCUGGCGGAAUGUGUGCGAUCCUGGGACAAAGACGAGAAGCUGGGGGACGUGUUCGUCGCGAGUUUCAGCAAAGCUAUUGUACUUGACAUUUACAGUGGCUUUAUAAACAACUUUUCCGUUGCGAUGGAUCUGGCUAAGCAAGAAUCGAAGAGAAAGACCGCGCUUGCUGAUUUUUUUAAGGUGAAACAGAUAAGCGCGCACGAUAGAUUAUCUUUCUUCGGACUAAUGGUUAAACCAGUGCAGAGGUUUCCACAGUUCAUAUUGUUUUUACAAGAUUUAUUGAAGCACACGCCUCACGGUCAUCACGAUAGAAUGUCUUUGCAAUUAGCAUUAACGCAGCUGGAAAGUUUAGCGGAGAUGUUGAACGAAAGGAAACGAGAAGCGGAACAAUUCCAAGCGUUCAAAGAGAUGUUGCGACACGUUUCCGGAAAGUUAUCGCAUCGUCCUCUUUCCUCAGCAUCACGUUACCUUAUUCGAGAGGAUAAUGUUACACAACUGGAAUUUAAUCAAAACGGCAUGAUUACAAAAUCUAAGAGAAGAAGGUUAUUGCUACUGAACGACUUGGUGGUGUGCGUUUCUGUUACUCCAAGAUCCACGGAGGAUUUUUCAGGAAACGAACGAUUAACAUUAAAAUGGACAUACCCGGUAUCCGACAUUGAGAUUCAAGAUACCAGUACUUCUCCGACUUUGAGCCGAUUACUCACAGCUGGACUAAAUAAGGGCGGCAGCUUGAAAUCGGACAAAAGCGGAGAAUGCGGGCAAGCGGCCGAUGCGGAUAGUCUCUGUGUAGAGAUGAACGAUCUUAUGCAUGAUUAUGAGGUGAUGUCCAGAAUAAGUGAUUUAGUGGUCCAGUUGAAGGGAAAAUAUGAGGGGAUGACUCUGCAGACUACCAAGCAAAUUCUGCAAUCCAUACAAAUGUUGAUACAGCAAAAGGACGAAGAUAUGGUGUGGGCCGACAGUUGUUGCAUGCAACUAGUUACAAAGCAAGGUCAGAUGUAUACGUUUCAAACAGAAAGUCCAUUGGUAAAGAAGGAUUGGAUAACUGAACUUAGAUUGGCACAAUUAGCUUUGGAUCCCAACAACUCUCCUUCAUGGGAAGUACCUGAACAAGAGCAAAGACCAUCUACAAAGAUGCCAUUGUUCGUUAGUUCACAAGCUGUAUAUCACUCGCAACAUCAGACUGAAGUACGUUGCGGUUGUUAUUACACCACUGAAAACCCGCGUCCCACGAGGCGACGCGGUAGAAAUCAGAAUUACUUGUGGAUAUGUACAGGUGAUGGCAUAUCCAGUCAUGUAACAAUUUUCGGCCAGUCGACGACAGCCUCGGCCACCUGUUUAAAACGUAUAACCACUUUCGAUUUGGUUGAGACCAGAGUAAGCACUAUCGAGUUUGUAAAGGGGAUCUCCAGCAGCGAUCACGCUGUGCUCGCGAACGAUCUCGUGUGGAUGGGUACGGACUCCCGGAAAAUCAUAAUCUACGCCGCAUCGGAGCCCGAAAAGGAGGAAGAGAUCGGCAGUUACCCAGUGCUAGGACCUGUAGUAGAAAUUAAGUAUCAUUGCGACAAUGUUUUCGUAGCUUUAGGUACAGGCUUGCUACUUUUGUUCAAACGACAAAUCGACGGUGCAUGGAAUCUCAAAGAUCCCUUCGUUAUAACCCUCGGUAACGAUCCCGUCUCGUGUUUGAUGCCGAUCAACACGUCAAUUUAUGCCGCUUGCGGUAAGAAGGUAUGGGUACUUAACGCCACUUCAGGCGACAUUACGAAGAGCUUCAGCGCGCAGCACGAGCACGUCGGUAAUGUGAAGUUAAUGGCUCACUCGGGAGUCGGUCUCUGGGUCGCCCUGAAAAACUCGAGUACGGUUUGUCUUUAUCACACGGAAACGUUCAAACAUUUGCAGGACAUCAACAUAGCGUCUAAUGUCCUCAGAGUGACCAAAAUGAACAAUACUCCCAACACGAGCAGUAAUAGUAACUUCGCUAUUAACAAUCAAACAACUGUCACCGUGACGGCGCUAUUAGCGUGUAAAGGUCUAUUGUGGGUCGGUACCAACGUAGGCAUCAGCUUGACCAUUCCGUUACCGCGACUGGAAGGAGUGCCCAUCAUUAGCGGUCGCGUCAAUAUUUCGUAUCACGCCCAUUUCGGACCGAUUACCUUCCUGCUGGCGAUACAAAACACGAAGAACACAGUGUAUUCCACGAAAGAUCGCGCCAAUGAAGACGAGAACGCGCAACUGAAGGCGAGAGAGGCCGAACAGAGAUUACGAGACAGGGCGAGCGUAGACUCUUCUGUGUGCAGCAAUCUCGUGAAGCUGAAGCAACAAUUGGCGGGAAGCCCGGUAAUGCUGAGGAGAAAACGAAGCAAGGAGUACGAGUACAGAGGCUCGAAGACACUUCCGAGGGGACUAGGCGCCGGUUGCGGAUUUCUCUCAAGCUCCAUGUCCAGUUCGCAGAGUUCCGGUGAAAAUUGCGAUGUUUACGGGCUAUACGGUGAACUGAUGUACGUGAAGGACUACGAGAACGAGAACAAUUCGGGCAUAGACCCCGUUUACGAAACGUUGAGGAGAAGUGAUCCGGAAUUGGCAGCCAUACCAAAUAAAGUGAGUACCUUAGAUCGUAGAUUAAAGAUGAAAAUCACAAGGCCUAGGUCACUGGAUCUCUCCAACUGGUCGGUGGAUUCCCACGCGAGUUCUUUGUAUACGUCCUCCGGGUCGGAGGAGAAUCUGUCUCUGAAAACCGGAAGGUUAUCGCGCAACAGUAGUACAGCUAGUCGAAAUGGUCCGUACGACCUCCCCGCAACUAACAAUAGCGUAACGCAGUCGGAAUUGGAGACAACGUCCGCGAGUAAUGUUAAGGCGAACGGCAAGAAGAACAAUAAAGCGACGCAACAGGUGGAGCAGCCUAAGCGGACGGUGUUGACUCUGAUGGGUGGACGUGGUUACAUCAAUUGGCGGCAACUGAACGCGCAGUUCAACCUCGAGAAGAGUCCGAAGUCAACGUACGCGUUCAAAGACCCCAAUAGUAACGACGCGCACAUCGUCCUGUGGGAGAUGAAGUUAUGAUAUUCGAUCGCGCUAGGAUUAUCGUUACACAUCCACGUCGUUGUCAACGCGGAAGACGGAAUUUCGACGCUGAUGUCUCAUGUAUAUUGUAAUAUCGGAGAAUAGGACCAAAAGAGUACUAUGGACCAGCUCUCUCACUGGAGCACCGCUUCAGAUAAGAUCAUUGUUAAUCGUAAAGGACUGUCGAGUCUGUGUGAUUGUCGAUCUUCGAUCAUGUCGAUCUUCGAUCAUGUCGAUCUUCGAUCAUGCCGAGUUGUGCCGCGGUGAAUAUUUCGUAUUUCCUCGUUCGUGCACGAUCUUACGUUUAGUAUCGAUUUAUCUCGAAUAGGCCAAGGGAACGGAGCCGCUUGUUCGCGAAGAGUAUUAAAGAGUAAAAUAUAGACUCAGAUGUUAGAAUAUUAAAUAGUCCCUCGCGAUUGAUCGCCUCAUCGUUCAACAGGAAUUAUUUAACUAUACCAUAUCUCUUUUUUAACGAACAAUUUUCCUGAGAAGAAAAAAAAUACUUAUUCGAUUAACAGACUGAAGUGUAUGGCUCGUUGAAACGCACAAGACUAAUAUUAAGUAUCAGAUACGCUCUUAUGUCGCGAGACAAUGUUUAAUAUUGCGCAGGAGAAUGCUUAAAAACGUUUAAAUGCGAUGCAAUUAUUCCCACGUAAGAAUUGCUCGAAAUUUAUAUUUGCUCCUGCUCAAAGGUGUCACGUGAAUCUCAUUGAUGUACAUAGAAUGAAACUUAUAGUAGGCCGCGGAAAUGUUAUAAAAAAAAAAAGAAAGAACAGAGUUACGAUUGAACGGUUCUGUGCGCGAAACGUUUCGUAAAAAUAUUCGUGGGGAUAUUUGCGCCACAUGGAAAUACAUAGCGCGUAUCGUUUUUAUUUGAUGAAAACAAUAAUAAAUCGUGACUCACAACUGAGAUUAGAACUGCUGUUUAGCGGAGCGUUACGGAUUAUAUGUUCGCAUGCGAAAUAUUCGCUAGAUAUGCAUGCAUCUACGUCGAAAAUUUUACCACAUUGUUACAGACGACCAUUACAUUGUUUCAGCGAUGUAACAUUGUUAUACGCACACAGUACAAGGCACUCACAGAUCACAGCGCGCCGCAAAUCGACCGAGUGUACGACCUUUUGAGAUCGUUUCUUUACAUUAUAUCGAUACACGGUAUUAUUUGUUUUAAAAUGUAUACACACUGAUUUCGGUUUUAACCAAUGAUCUUACGAUCGCUCGUCACGUCGAUCCGAAUUCAUGAGUGUAAUAUUUCAUCGGUGUAAAACAAUAUCCAUUGCCGUUUUAAAUUACAACUGUAUCGAUAUGUUUCACACAUUAUAGAUUUAACUCUAUGGACGUGAUUUGAUAGAAAAAUAACGUUUUCAUACACAAUGCGCUAGUGUGUGUACGUAUAUGUGUACGUGUUUACUGUGUGCUUCCGAUAAGCUCCACACGCACGUGAUAUAAGACAAUAUGACGCAGCUGUAUUGUUCGCAGCAUGUAAGAAUCAAUUUAUACGACCCGUUGAAGAAACGACGACGGUAAUUGAAGGCACUUACUCUACCAACGUUCCCAUUUGAGAAUUGCCAAAAAUUUCAUUUGAAAGCUUCGGUGAAUAUAUAUAUAUAUAUAUAUAUAUAUAUAUAUAUAUAUAU